UACAGUGAAUUAAAAUACGCAUUUGGAGAUACUGAAGGACGGAGCAACUCCCCCAGGGGUCCAUAUAAACGGAAAAACGACUCGUUCGCGACCGGCGAAUCCGGAAUUCGUUCACUAUUCAUGCAUCCGAGUGAAAAAAUAGCCGAGAACUGAACUGAUUGCUCUCUUUGGAUCUCUCUGCCCUGAACUUGUAGGGCUUCAGCUGUUAUCAGAAAUGAUUUCGUCUAGUAAGAUCAAAUCACUCGAUUUUUACAGGAAAAUUCCUAGAGAUUUGACUGAGGCAUCAUUGUCAGGUGCAGGGUUAUCCAUCAUAGCAGCCCUUUCCAUGAUGUUUUUAUUUGGAAUGGAACUAAAUGAUUAUUUGACGGUUAGCACAUCCACAUCUGUUGUUGUCGAUAAGAGUUCGGAUGGGGAGUUCUUGCGCAUUGAAUUUAAUAUUAGUUUCCCAGCUCUCUCAUGUGAAUUUGCAUCUGUUGAUGUUAGUGAUGUCUUGGGAACUAACAGGUUGAAUAUAACAAAAACAAUCCAUAAAUUUUCAAUAGAUUCCCAUUUAAAUCCAACUGGCUCUGAGUUUCACGCAGCACCAAUUCCCAUGGUUAUUAAACAUGGGGAUGAUUUUGAUGAAGCAUUGGUUGAAGGUUCUUUCCCGCUAACUUCUGCUAAUUUUGACAAAUAUGCAAAUAACUAUCAGAUUUUAGUUGUCAACUUUUAUGCCCCUUGGUGCACCUGGAGUACUCGCCUGAGACCUUCCUGGGAGAAGGCUGCUAAAAUAAUGAGAGAAAGAUAUGAUCCUGAAUUGGAUGGGCGUAUCCUCUUGGGCAAGGUUGACUGCACUGAUCAAAUUGAAUUGUGUCGAAGGCAUCAUGUCCAAGGGUAUCCGUCGAUUCGGAUUUUUCGUAAGGGAAGUGAUGUUAGGGAAUCUCAUGGCCACCAUGAUCAUGAAUCUUACUAUGGAGAUCGAGAUACAGACAGUCUUGUUACGGCAAUGGAAGUUUUGGUUGCACCUCUUCAUAUGGAGUCUCAUAGGCUUGCUUUGGAGAAAAAUUCUUCCAACACAACAGAUAAUGCAAAGAGGCCUGCACCAUUGGCAGGAGGAUGUAGAAUUGAAGGUUUUGUGCGUGUUAAGAAGGUUCCAGGCAACCUUGUAAUCUCAGCACAUUCAACAAGUCACUCUUUUGAUGCUUCUCAAAUGAACAUGUCACAUGUGAUCUCUCAUCUUUCAUUUGGAAAGAAGAUUUCCCCCAGGGUGAUGAAUGAAUUGAGACGGGUAAUUCCUUAUAUUGGUGGAAGCAUUGAUCGGUUGAAUGGUCGAGCAUACAUUAGCCAUGUUGAGGAUGCGAAUGCAAAUGUUACUAUUGAACACUAUCUUCAAGUAGUAAAGACGGAAGUAAUAACAAGAAGGGCUUCUCGAGAAUAUAAAUUGGUCGAGGAAUAUGAAUACACAGCCCACAGUAGUCUGGUUCACAGUAUAAACAUCCCUGUUGCAAAAUUCCAUUUUGAGCUGUCACCUAUGCAGGUCCUGGUAACAGAAAACGCAAAAUCCUUUUCACAUUUCAUCACAAAUGUUUGUGCCAUUAUUGGGGGUAUCUUCACGGUUGCUGGAAUAUUGGAUUCGAUAUUACACAACACAUUGAGAAUAAUGAAAAAAGUUGAAUUAGGAAAAAAUUUUUGACGCUGUUGGGUAUAUUUCUCUUAUCCCCUUUCCAAGGGGGGAUGCUUCUCUCGAGUAUGAUUAACUCCAGACGUGUACACCUUGGUCCAGAAUCUGGCUUUUGGGGGCCUCCUCCUCUUAGGUUGGUUAUACCAAGUUCAUGUGUAUCAGGUGGCAUGAUUUGCCACUUUGCUCUGGAUUGUCAAAAUGUCAAUUAAUUAGUUGUCCGCUUCGUUACAACUUACAAGGUUAUGUUUAUUGAAUAAUUUUGGAUCUAUUAAUGAAAUGAUGUUUGGGCGUCGUUCAGGCAAUUUCUAUCAUU